CACUGCGAUUAAGCGUAGCCAUGAUGUAAUUGUCUCGCGUGAUGAGACUUGUGGUGUCGGGAUUUUGUGUAAGACAAGAGAUCAGCAUCUUGCAGCUAACUGUUUCGCGGGAGUUGCGAUCCUGGGGUGCGGGCUGUGUUGGACACUAUGGCCCCUUGCUUUCAAUGAGCCGCAGACUUCGUAGAGGAGAGCGGAAGGUAGGGUACGUGCGAGUUCUUUUCAAUGCACAGUGAUCAUUAGACGAUGGUGGUUCCUGGGAAUUCCCAUGGUAUUCCACGAGAUCAUGCAAUAGACCUCAGCGACAGAGCAAUGGACUUGGAAGCAGAGCCUGGUCAAAGCUCAGACUUAAAGGAGGUACAGAAACUCCAUGAAUUGGUAAAAAGAUUAGAAAUCCAAAACCAGCAGCUGAAGAUUAAGAGGAAUCCACAGGAUAAUCACCUUUCUGCUUUAAAUUGCACCGGAGUUAUGAAUAGCAUCAACAUCCAGCCUGAGAAAGGAGACUUGCAGAUCAUGCCAAACCUACAGUCGCAGCUUGAACAAAUCAACUCCGAGAAGGAAAACAUUCCAGCUUUGAGAAUGGAUGCACAGAUGCAGUACGAGAAGGUAUGCAGUGACUCAAAGCCUGGACACAAAGUAGAGAUCCACUGUGAUCAAGAUGAUAGUUGCUUCUAUAGUGUUGAUGGCAGUGGAAGAUCAGAGCUGGAGGAGGCCAUCAGUAAAAUGUCUGAGCUGAAUUCAAGUGGAGAAAAUAUUUUGGAUGAAACUGCUCUUGAUGAAGUAGAUGUGCUGGAACUGGGAUCCUGCAGUGAAGAUGAGGAGGAUUGUUGGCUGUAUGUGUCACCACGAAAGGUGGAAAAUGCAGAGCAGAAACCAGAUUCCCCAUUAAAAUGGUGCAGACAGGUGUUGGACCACCACAGCCCAGAAACAGAAGCUGCUUGUCGUUCCUUAAUUGGCAAACUUGACCAAGUCCCAUCAGGGAGCAGAAGACUAACAAGGUUAUGCUUCAUUCUAGCGAGUAGAUGGAAAAGCCUGUACUGCAGCCCUCUGGCAUCGCCAUCUGCAUAUAACACCAAUGCUGAAUGCAGCUAUGGUAGCAAUACACUAAACUCACCGGGGUGCCUCAAAUCCACUAACAAAGCACUACUAACCUGUGGCAGUUCAGGUUAUUUAAGCAUCCAUUCUGCCCUAAGCUCACAGUCUUCUGUAGACAGUGAGUUAAGUACCUCUGAUGACUCCAUAUCCAUGGGAUACAAACUACAAGAUUUGACUGAUGUGCAGGUCAUGGCCCGUCUGCAAGAGGAAAGUCUCCGGCAGGACUAUGCCUCCAGCUCUGCGUCUGUUUCCCGACGUAGUUCAAGCGCUUCUCUUCAUUCUCUCAGAAGAGGGACUUUCAGUGACCAGGAAUUCGACACAUACAGUCUGGAGGAUGAGGAUGACUGUGACUGUUCUCUGUCCUUCCGUAGCUCACACCGGUAUUCCCCUUCACCUCUUAGUUCACCCCGAUGCCAGUCUCCUUCAGCAGCUGAGAGCAGGGCAACCACUUCACGCAUCAGGCCUCCUCGGAGAUCUAUUCAGAAUCAUGUGCAAGAGCGAAUGAAAUAUGCAAACUGUGAAGAUGAGAUGCGCCACAGUAUGCCUAACCUGGCAAAGACAAGCUUGCGUUCCCUUGAAGCAGUAAGAAGCAGUCGAAGUUUGGAGUCUGAUCUCCAGGGCCCAAGCAGCCGUUUAACCAGAAUGCAGCAGCCUUCAACCAGUACUCCUCCAAGUAAAAUGCGAUAUGGUGCCAGCAAUCAACCUGCACUGACUGCUCGCCAACCUAUUAAACCAGGUGUUAGCACAAGUUCACUCUUGACCUCAAGGCAAGCAAUAAAAUCCUCCGGCUACAAUAAUUCAAGUGGUAUACGUAAAAUCCAAUCUUCUCCUGGCCUGAAUCCAUCAGGAUCCAGUGCAGUUUCCAGAACAGGCAAUGUGUCAUCCUCCAUUAAACAUUCCACUGUGAAAUCUCAGGCAUCUAUGGGAUCCACUGUGCCUAAAAGUAAAAUGAUUCAGCCAUCCAGAAGAUCUCUUCCUUCUGCAAAGAUGAACAGCACACUGGGUGAUGAUUCAUGGAAAGACGGAUGCUAUUAAAUCAACCCAAAGAUGAGUUUAUCCCUUAUCUUCUGUCCAGCGGGCUGGACACUGGCAUUUCUGGAGAACAUUUGCUAUUACUUUGAUGUCAGGUUUUAUGACCUGCUUUUGUCACCGAAUUCUAAAGCUUGAAUUGAAAUCAAAACUGUGCUGUUGCUUGUAGCUGUCAUUCUAGUCACUGCCAUAAUAUCUUUGCACCUAAACAGUGGGAUGUUGAUUUAGGAGAUAGAAAAUGUUUUUUUGGUGCCACCAACAAACUGACCUUUUUUGCACUGCUGUGAAUCUUAAAGGACCGGUAACACCAACAUUGGAAGUCUUUAAUCCAACUUGACUAUUUAUUUGCUAUUUAUUUAAAUUUACUAUUCUAUAUAUACUGUACCUAUAACAAUAUUCCAAGAUUUUAAUUAAACAGAGCCCUGCCGGGUCUGUUUGUUAUCUAGGGCCAUAAUAAUGAUACGUAUUCAUGAACUGCCGCAAAAGACUACCAGAAAAACAUAUUGGUAUUUUCAAAGUUUCUAAGUUUUAUGUAUAAAUGCUUAUAUGGGAUUUCCUGGUGUGACUGGUCCUUUAAAGUUAAGUAUUAGUCAUUUGAAAUGAUGGCUGUAAUAUAGUUGUUCUUAAACGUUUGUGUUUUUGUUUUGUUUUCUUCUUCCAUAUUUUUUUUUUUGAUUUACUGGUUAAAGAGUUCACAGGUUUUUUCUACUCGCUCUACUCAGAGGCAGAUCUUUUUCAACUGCAGACUUUUGUAAUGUCCGUGAUCACGUUAUUUCUUGAAAUGUGAAUAUUCUACAAAUAUAUGGUUAUGGUGAAGAAUCCACUGCAAGGACUAGAGAAGAAUUCUUGUGCCAGUAUAAAUGGAUUAGAUAGGACGGUGCACAAUAUUUGUGUGGUAACAGAGUAAUUAGAUGCUGCGUGUAGAAAAAACAUCCAUGUUUUUGUGAGACACCUUUGAUUAUCUUGCUUGACCUACUUUCAGUAAAUAAAAACAUCUACUGAC